CUUUGUUCUUGGACUAGGGUUUCCGCCAUUAAUGGCAGCUCAAAGCUUGCAAUUGCUGAGUUAAAACCAGAAAGGAAGCGAUUUUCUGGGAAUUUAGUUGCAAUUUUAAAGUCAAGGGUCUCUAUUUUGGAUUAUAGCCCUAGAAAUUUGGUAUUUUUUUUUCUUUAUUUUGUUUUGCGAAUUGGGGGAAAUGAGUUGCCUGGAAUUGCAAGCGUUCUCUGUGGACUUUGGAUGCUUUCCAAAGUUUCGAGUGAAGAAAGGAAGUGGGAUGAGAUUCUUUGUGAAAGGGUCUGCUGUUUCGUCCCCACAAAGCGUGCAAGAUGCGAGUUUAAGGAUGCAAAGAUCAAAGAAAACAGUGAGAGUUGGGGUUUUGGGAGCCAGUGGCUACACUGGUUCUGAGAUUGUUCGGUUACUAGCAAACCAUCCACACUUUGGAAUUACCUUGAUGACUGCUGAUAGGAAAGCUGGGCAAUCAAUUGGAUCAGUGUUUCCUCAUUUGAUCACACAAGACUUGCCUGACAUGGUUGCUAUCAAAGAUGCAGAUUUCUCUGAUGUGGAUGCUGUGUUUUGUUGCCUGCCACAUGGAACAACACAGGAGGUUAUUAAGGGCCUCCCCAAGGGACCAAAAAUCGUUGACCUCUCUGCAGAUUUUCGGCUGCGUAAUGUGGAUGAGUAUGAAAAAUGGUAUGGACAGCCACAUAGAGCAGCAGAAUUGCAGAAAGAAGCUAUCUAUGGUCUGACAGAAGUCUCGAGGGAUGAAAUCAAGAAUGCAUGGCUAGUAGCAAAUCCUGGCUGCUACCCAACAUCUAUCCAGCUCCCUCUCGUCCCUUUAAUAAAGGAACGUUUAAUAAGUUUAGAAAAUAUCAUUAUCGAUGCAAAGUCUGGUGUCAGCGGAGCAGGACGUGGAGCCAAGGAGGCAAAUCUUUACACUGAAGUAUCUGAAGGCAUACAUGCUUAUGGGAUCACUAAUCAUCGCCAUGUUCCCGAAAUAGAACAAGGACUUUCUGAUACUUCACAAUGCAAAGUAACUGUCAGUUUCACACCUCAUCUAAUGCCAAUGAGCCGGGGAAUGCAAUCCACCAUAUACGUUGAAAUGGCUCAAGGCGUGACUAUCGAUGAUUUGUAUAAACAGUUAGCCUCCGCUUAUGAGGGUGAAGAGUUUGUCAAAGUGUUAGAGAAAGGAGCUGUACCGCACACAAGAAAUGUCCGGGGAUCAAAUUACUGCUUUAUGAAUGUCUUUCCCGAUCGAAUUCCUGGAAGAGCCAUAAUAAUCUCUGUUAUCGAUAACUUGGUGAAAGGCGCCUCCGGCCAAGCUUUACAGAACCUGAACUUGAUGAUGGGAUUUCCCGAGAACGCCGGACUUCAAUACCAGCCUUUAUUCCCUUAAAUCAUAAAGUGAGAUUCGCCUUAACUUUUUCCGGCUGACGAACAAAUUAUGUGGUGAAAUGUGAGGAAAUGCACCGGAUAUUUUUCGAAUAAGACUUCCGAGGACCUCAAAGCUUGUAAGAUACAUGUUGUAGCAUGCCGAAAUAAUCUUCUUGUCGUUGUCGGUUGUUAAAUUAAAUGUGUAAUUCGUUGCAGUGAUUUUGUCUUAGACUUGUUUGUAAAAUUAGGGUUUUGCCUGAGUUUCUACCUUCAGCUGUCUGAAAAUAAUGAAAAGUAAUAAUUAAUUGUUGGAUACUGUAAA